GAGAGAGAGAGAGAGAGAGAGGGGGGAGGCUGCAUGAAUGAUCUCAUCCCUCCAGCAGCUGCAUAGCGCAGCGAGGCGAACGCGUAACUUUUCUAUCAAACUUCGGAGUUGCCUUCUCGGAGAGAGGCGUUUGUUUUCCUCGGCGCCAACCGGAGCGACGACACGUUUGCCCCCUCCAACAGCAAAAAAAAAGGAUUAUAUAUAUGUAUAUAUAUAGAAAGCAUGGUGGACACAUUUGAGGAAACAGCAUGCAGACUUGAGUGCUGAAGGGGUGGGCUUGCCCCUUCCCUUAUUCUGCCUCUUUGCUUUUUGAUCCAGACAAUCAACCUGCACAUGAAGUCAGGGAGCCACAUCCCAUCCCAGAAGCAGCCAUGUCCCCCUGCUAAGUGCCUUUAGCAUUUGGCACUGGUGUAAUGACCAGCCUGAAGUGCCCACCCAUGGAGCGCACUGUUGGGGGUACCAUCCCCGCCACUGAUGAAUUUUACACCCGCCACCUCCGCAUGGCCAACGGAGGGGCUGUGCCAACCCGCACAGACAAUGUCCAUGCCACUGUGAGUACAGGAGUGCCUAAAAUGGGUGUACGGGCUCGUGUGGCAGACUGGCCACCAAGAAAAGACCUUACAGGGGUUAUGUGGCACUCAGAGCCUGAGAACUCUGGUGUGUCCUCUGCUGGAAAAAGUCACAUUAAGUUAGGCUCUAUAAUGAGCCCUCAGGACUCAUCAAUGCUGCGUAACAUCCACAACACUUUGAAGAAUCGAACCCAGACCACAGCGAACAACUACAGCCCCGACACACGUUACCUUGCCCCAGGAGACUACCGAGGUCCUGCACAUAGAAACCCACGACAGAGACGCAUUCGUCAGCGCAGCAACAGUGACAUGACUAUCAGUGAGAUGGAAGGCAGCGGAGACAGUGGAGAGGACUGGGGUCCAACAUCGGGAGCUAAAUGGUCCCCUCUUCAUCGCGAAUAUGGUAGCACCUCCUCGAUAGAUCAGCAUGGAGCCUCUGGAGAGAGCUUCUUUGAAAUGCUUAAAGGCUAUCAAGGGGGAAAAGUUGAUCAGCGUAGCCCUGCUCCAGAGAAACUUGAGGACAUGCUGAAUGUUGGGUCCAAGCAGGCCAGCAUUGAUCUUCAGGAUGAUAGCAUAGACGGCCAGCCCCAUAAAGUCAAGGACAGAGAUAAGCCCCCAAAGAGAAGAACUAAAUCUGAAACAGGGGGUGAGUCUAUAUUCCGUAAACUUCGAAGCGUACGGGGUGAGUCGGACUCCCCCAGAGCAGGGUCUGACGUAGAGGACAGCCGGACAGAGGACAUUGGCCUCCCUUUCAAGCCCUGGGUCUGUCAGAGAGGCUUUGCCCACUAUGACGUUCAGAGCAUGCUGUUUGACCUCAACGAAGUUACUCAGUUGCGGCAGGUGGCGGGCAAGAGGAAAAACACCACCACUGGGGCAUCUGCUGCUGCCGUAGCCUCGGCUACCUCUACCCUCUCGUCCACACAUAGCCUGCCUUACAGCUCCCCAAGCGGCAGCCAGGAAGAGCUCAGUAACAGGGGCAGUCCUGGUCUGGAAGCGGGGGACGAACAGAGCAAUGAAAUGCUGCUAAGCUGCCCCUGCUUCCGCAAUGAGAUCGGUGCAGAUGGCAACGGGAGGCGCAGGUUGGGAGUAGGCGGGACAGGUUAUCAUGGACUAGUGGGUGGUGGGGCAGGUAACGGCAGCUCAGGGAGCCUGGAAGUAAGCAUGUAUGAAACAUCUGUAAGCACGCAUUGCACAAAUGCUGGAGUAGCAGUGUUAGAGGGACCGAAGGAAGGCGCCAGUACACUCAGCGAAAAGGGCAAACAGUAUAUUGUGGAGCACGUGGACCUGGGAGCCUACUACUACAGAAAGUUCUUCUAUCUUAGAGACCACUGGAACUACUUUGGGAUAGACGAGGCCUUGGGUCCAGUAGCGGUGAGCUUACGCCGGGAGAAGCUGGAGGAAGACAAGGAUCACGGCCAGCAGUAUAACUACCGCCUCAUCUUCAGAACUAGCGAGCUCACAACCCUUCGAGGUUCUAUCCUGGAGGAUGCAGUGCCUUCCACCUCGAAGCACGGCACCACCCGCGGUCUGCCUAUCAAAGAGGUGCUGGAGUACCUCCUGCCAGAGCUGGAUCUGUCCUGCCUCAGAUUGGCCCUCAACACACCCAAAGUCACUGAGCAGCUGAUGAAACUGGAUGAACAAGGGCUUAGUUUUCAGGUGAAGGUGGGGGUGAUGUACUGCCGAGCAGGUCAGAGCACCGAGGAGGAGAUGUACAACAACGAGAUGGCUGGCCCGGCCCUGGAAGAGUUCCUCCAGCUGUUGGGGGACACCGUUCGCCUCAAGGGUUUCACCAAGUACAGAGCCCAGCUGGAUACCAAAACGGAUUCCACGGGCACUCACUCCCUGUACACGACCUUCAAGGACUAUGAGCUCAUGUUCCAUGUGUCGACUCUGCUGCCUUACACACCCAACAACAAACAACAGUUGCUGAGGAAGAGGCACAUAGGGAACGACAUUGUGACCAUCGUGUUCCAGGAGCCCGGCGCUCACCCGUUCACCCCCAAGGCCAUCCGCUCUCACUUUCAGCACGUCUUCAUCAUCGUACGGGUGCACGAUCCCUGCUCGGACAACACGUGCUACAGUGUGGCCGUCACCCGUUCCCAGGACGUUCCCUCCUUUGGCCCACCAAUCCCCAAGGGCGUGACCUUCCCCAAGUCCACCGUCUUCAGGGACUUCCUGUUGAGCAAAGUCAUCAACGCCGAGAACGCGGCCCACAAGUCAGAUAAGUUUGGUGCCAUGGCGACGCGCACACGGCAGGAGUAUCUGCGGGACUUGGCGGAGCGUCACGUGACCAGUACUCCAGUGGAGCCCACAGGGAAGUUCCCUUUCAUCUCCCUGGCGCACAAACGACGGGAGAAGGUGCGUCCGUACAGCGGGGCGGAGCUCCGGAGCCUGGGGGCCGUGACCUGGCAGGUCCAUGCUGAAGAUCAGGUCGCAGGUGCCGAGCGUGAGUGCCUGCUGGCCAUCUCUAAUGACUUCAUCAUCCUGUUGGAUCAGGAGGCCAAAGCGGUGGUGUUUAACUGCGCCACGCGGGAUGUGAUUGGGUGGUCGACAGGGAGCCCCGCCUCCAUGAAGAUCUACUAUGAGCGCGGCGAGAGUGUAUCACUGCGCUCCAUCAAUAACAACACAGAAGACUUUGGAGAGGUUGUCAAAAGACUGGAGCUCUUGACCAAGGGCAGUCAGACCACAGAGAUGACCCUGCGCCGCAAUGCCCUGGGCCAGCUGGGCUUUCAUGUCAACUUUGAGGGCAUCGUCGCUGAGGUGGAGCCCUACGGGUAUGCUUGGCAGGCCGGGCUCAGGCAGGGCAGCCGGCUGGUGGAGAUCUGCAAGGUGGCGGUGGCCUCGCUGUCCCACGAGCAGAUGAUCGACCUGCUCAGAACCUCGGUUACUGUCAGGGUGGUCAUCAUUCCCCCUCAUGAGGACUCCACACCACGCAGAGGCUGCUCCGAAAUCUACCACAUGCCACUUGUGGAUUACAAGAACCACAAGGAGGGCAUGCCUUAUGAGUUAAAGUUCCCCUUCCGGCCCACCAACAACAACACCAAGUGGCCGCGCACCUCAUCCAGCCCGCAAACACGCGCUGCUGGCACAGGGGGCACGCUCAUCAAGGCUCCGCCUUCAGACUUUGGCGACCGCAACCCCGCCGCCAUUCCCCGGAGUGUGUCGAGCGACGGGCGACCCCUCAACCCCAAAAGAUAUUCCCCCGGAAAUGACAACUAUGCUCUCGCCUGCUCCAUCGUGAUGGGCCGCACGCUGCACAACACAAACUCCCCUUCCAGUCUUCCCUACGCAGACACCAUGGGCUCCUCCCAUUGGAGGCAGAAGUCUAUGCCUGAUGGGUUUAAUAACAACAACUGCCAGUCUCCUGGGUCAUCUAUGCGGCAGGUGGCAGGUGACGGGGUCAAUGGGAUCAAAGCGGGCUCCGGCACUGGUGUUGGAUGGUCCCGAACCGGGGAGGGGGAUGCGACCACAAGAGUAGGGGACAAAACCAGUGUUGACACUGUGGUGUCCAAGGUGGUAAUCCCUCGACUCCAGCCAUCAGAGCAGGGCGGCCAUGUUUCUCCGAACAAAAGCACGAAGGCGGACGCUCCGUAUUCAUCCAGCCAGUCGAGCAGCAACACCCUCUCGAGCAACGCCUCCAGCUCCGCCCACAGCGAUGAGAAGUGGUAUGAGGUGGGCUCGCGUUCCGGCGUGCGGAGCGAUCUGGAGCUCAAUGGCUACCUUCAGGGUGCCUCCACCGACAGCGGCAUCGACGCCACAUCCUUCACUGCCACACAGAGCAGCACAGCUUCUUCCACCGGUGCCUUCAGGGCCAAAGACAAAAUCCCGUGGCAGGAUGACGCAACAAGCAGCAGCCAGAGGGGCACAGACACGCCACCUCCGCCCCCAGACUCUCUUGCCCUUGGAGGCAGUGAGAUCCCAGCGAAGAGUCCGCCAGCCUUCCCCCUUGUUCCUGACAGUGGCUCCUACAGCCUGAGUGAUGCCGCCUCCCACUCCAGUUCUGGCCACUCAGGGAGUCCGAUGGGCCAGGGCUGCAGCCCCACGUCGCCACAGGACGAAUCAGCAGCUCCGGGCACGUCGGCCACGUCCCAGAACUGCCAGUCCCCGGGGAGCAAGACUUUCUACCCUCGUCAAGGAGCGACCUCGAAGUACCUGAUCGGCUGGAGGAAACCUGGGGGCACUGUCAACUCUGUGGACUUUGGCAGCACUCGGAAACGGCACCAGAGUGACGGUCUGCUGGGUGGUCAGCCGCAGCUAAGGGCUAACCUCCGGGGCUCCCAGUCACCCCAGCGGCACACGGCCAAGUCCAGCCUGGAAGAAGACUUGAAGAAGCUCAUCACACUUGACAGCCCUCCACCCACGACAAGUGAAGAGAAGCCAUUGUUUCCAGGUCCGCCGCCCACUCGUCGCUCCAUCCAGAGAACCCUGUCGGAUGAGAGUAUUUACGGUGGUCAGAGGGAACCGUCCUCCAGCGGACAGCGUGACACGCCUACUGACCUUCUGUUCAGCUGCUCCACCAUGCCACGCUCACCCACAACUCGCCACGGGGCAAGCCGGCGAGCAUCACAUAAAUCCCUGGGAGACCUGUCAGCCCCUGAGAGCUCAGAGCUGGAUCUGGAGAGGAAGAGGCAGCAGCUGCAGGACCCUGUCCUCAUGCCCCUGCCUGGCACUGGAGCAGAUGGCCCACUGGACUGGGCCCACCUGGUAGACGCCGCCAAGGCAUUUGAGGAGCAGAGGCUGGUCUUCCUUGCAGCUCAAGAGGAGAGCUCCGUAGCUGAGAGUGCUGCAGCGACCAGCCCCCAGCAGGCUGAGCCUCAGGCUGCCCCAUUGAGACAGCCGUCGCCUGGAGAGACUCCAGCCUGCCUGAUGGGGAAAGUCAGCCAGCUAGAGUCAAUGGUGAAGGUGCUACAGGACGACUUGAAGAAGGAGAAGGAUGCCAAGGCGUCACUGCAGGCUCAGAUAGAGAGCCUGAGAGAGGACAACCAGCGUCUCCUGGAGGAGUCCUACAGCGCCUCAGCCAAGCUCAAGAAGUUCACAGAGUGGGUCUUUAACACCAUCGACAUGAACUGAUGCAAACUCCGACACAGCUGCUCUACUCGGGGAGUCUGACCACUACUCAAACGGAGCUGGACUCGCCUGUUCAGCACUACGCUUACGACAGAAUUACUUAUACAAACUCACAACGUGAACUGUUGCUCUCGGGCUUUCACAAACCAGUGCCAACGUGGACUUACAUGUCAUCCUUCUCAGCCUUGUGGAUCAGCGGUAUAAAUGCCAUUACAAACGUUUUGGAACAGAACGGGGGGGAUAGAAGAAAAAGGAGCAGUGGUGCCAGACCAUGUGUUCGUUUUAAUCAGCAUGUACUCCCUUCCUUUGAAUUUCACGGAUAUGAUGCUUUUUGUCCAGAUUAAUGGAUUGUUGGUAUCCCUGCAUGUCAGAGACCGCAAGAUGUUGAAAAACUAACCUCAAGGGAUUUAAAGUUGCUGUCCCCAUUUAGCUCCCGGGCUAACCUAAUUACAAAUGAGCAGAUUUCCAAUUAAAAAAAAAAAAGCUUGGAUGUAAUUUAAAACGAGAGCGCGCUGGUGAAAACAGUCCUAUAUUCCUCUGUUAGAGGUCGACACUUUCUAAGAAAUACGUGAUGGUGUGUUGUUGAUUAAGUUGCUGUUUGAGACGUUCAGUGAUGACGACGCUGAUCAUUUUCUAUUACUAACCAAAAGAGAAAAGAAUCUAUACGAGGUGAUGGGAGAUGUCACUCCCUGUACGACACUAUGCUUUUUUCAGUAGCAGUGUGGGUAGGUAGACGCAGACGGACUGACCCUUUGCAUAGCACAUAAAUGUAAACACUGUAAGGUCAAGUGCCUGUCUGUACUGCCUAUGUAAUAAUAUUGUAAAAGUGUAUCAAAUGUUUAAGUACUAGACGGUUAAGAGCAGUUAAAACAUGUAUAGGACUGCUGGUCGCAAGCUGAUAAAAAGAACAUAUAUAUUGUAAAAAAAAUAACACAGAACAAUAUUGGUGCCAUAAUAGUAGAUAUUGACCGAUCAGUGUCACUUAUUCAGAUUAUUGUAAAUACGUGAUGUUAACAUUUAUUUUCUCGCACCUCUGCCCUUGAUAUGAAAAUAAUAGAGUAUUUAUGACAAAGAUGGUGACCAAGAAAAAAAAUCAGCCAUAUGCAGUUAGAGAUCUGCAUGUUCUUAUUAUAAUCAGAGAAUUUAUACUUUAAAUCCAAAGUUUUUGCAAACUUCCGAUCCAAAUUAUUUUUUUUAUCGAAGUCCGGCCUGCUGCAGUGGAGUGAUCGACAGUGCCACCCAGUGUUGACGACAUGUACAAGCUACAUGGAACCGACCCCCCCCCACCCCCCCACCCCCCAAUCCAUCGCAUGCUAAAAAGGCCUCAUUCUGGUCCCCAACUCUCUCCAUAGGUUAAAUCGGUACUGUUCGAUAUAUGAUUACAGAGUAAGAUAUUGUGUAAAUCCUAAAAAUUUAAGCUACAGAUCUUUUCUGUAGCGUGUAAAUCUGCUCAGAAGCCCGACCUGAAUUUAAAGUCUUAUUUAAGCCUCAUAACUGUUUCCUUUUGUACUCGAGAUACUGUGCAACUGUAUAUAAGGAGAAUUUGAUAUUCAUCAGAAUUUGCACCUUCAUUCUUAUUUUCUAAGAUUAUUUUUGAUGUAUUUCUGCUUUAAUUGGCGAGGGAUACAAUGGAGAGUGAAAGGGCCGAUUAUAAAAGACAAACAGGGAAUAAAAAACAGGACAAAGAUCAUGAGGGUGAGUCACACAAAUGAAUCCCGGGCCCCGUAGCACAGCAGACCACCCCUGCACCUUCAUUCUUAACAUGUGUGACGGCAUGUGAUUCUGUUUCCAUUGAGCUGUGAUGUGUAAAAAAUGUUUAUAUCUAUUAAAGAUAUUUUGUUGAAUUACA